AUGCCUCUGGAUACGAUAUAUCUUACUCGUCAUGGGCAUCGGCUCAACUGGACGAUUGACGUGCGAACUGGCACUUACAAGUCCCAAUUCCCGACUCCAACGGGCAACCCAGCCGAUCCAGCGCUGACAUCUCACGGUGUCCGUCAGUCACACGAGCUGGCUGUGCAUAUUGCUGGCCCGGAUUUCCAUCCCAAGCCCUUCCGAGUAUAUUCGAGUCCAUUCUACCGGUGUCUGCAGACUAUCCAGCCCUCUAUAGAGGCCCUCAAGAAGGAACAUCAGGAAUCAAAGUACACCGAUAGCAAUGCAGCUCUCCCAGGUCAAAUUGACCCUGCUGCAGAUCUAGAUGUUAGAAUUGAGAACGGUCUAGGUGAAUGGUUCGGCCCGACAACCUUCUUCGACCACCCUUCCCACCCAACGCCACGCACUAUGCAUGCGCUCUUCCCGUCAAUUGUUCCAUCUUCCCCGGAGACCAAGUACACGCCACUUCUGCACCCCUCCACCCGCGGCGAGACCAUUGCCCAAUUACACAACCGUGUAGCCACGGCUUUGGAAGGAAUCAUCGCCGAUGUAGAUGCAGAAAUCACAGCACUAGAAGCCACUCUACCUGCGGAGCAGCGCACAAGCAAAUCAAUCUUGAUCUGCGCGCAUGCCGCGCCUCUUAUUGCAAUGGGCCGUGUUUUGACCGGCCAGAUGCCUGAAGAUAGUUCAGAGGAGGACUUUUAUGUGUUCACUGCUGGGAUGAGCACUUUUAAGCGGAGGGAAACUAGAAACCAAGAUGAAAGUCGGUCUCGGGAUCUGUUGGCGGAGGGGACGAGGUUUGUUCGUUCUCGGGGUGUUCCAGCCUGGGAGGGCGGUCAUGGUGUGGGGGGUGGAUGGGAUUGUGUGAAGAAUGGGGAUUGCACUUUUUUGAGUGAUGGUGCUGAGCGUGGAUGGCAUUUCAACGGCGAGGAGUCCUUUGAUACUGGCCCUAUGGCACCUGUUUCUGAGCAGCCUACUGUUCUGGGAUCAGUCAAUUCCGAGGGAAGCAGAAGUGGACCCAAGUUGUGA